ACGCGGGUAAGAGCAGAGGCUAAGAACUUCGUAUCUUGGAGGCAACAGUCGUAUGCAUUGGCGAAAGCAUUGCCAGCUAUCAGUAUUAGUUCGGCCGUCCUCAUGUGCGCACUCGAGGCGCUCUACGCGACACCGUUACGACCAUUUCAUUAGAGAAAAACGAACUUUUACGCGUACGAGACUUCGAUGUGAUAGAGUGAGGUUAACCGGAACAAAAACAGUAUCGGGAAGUAAAAUAAUUUUAAAACGUUGACACUUGUUUUAACAGCAUUAAUUAUAAUAAAAAAGAAAAAAAAAGUGUUUUUCCAAGAUACGAUCUGUCGAAACAAUCGAAUGUUUGAUUAUUCUCUUCCUUGUUUAACCGGUUAAUCGAUAGAAGAUUAUUAAUAACUUUUACUGUUGCGGCAAUAACGUCAGUGUAAACGAACAGUAUCUUCUGAUUUAUGUUUAAAAUCUUUUAUAUACAAUCGUUAAUGAAAAUGUCCAGUGAUUGUUGAUAUUACGUAAAGAAUAUACGACGUGCGGAGUAUGAAUCGUGUUGCAACAUAAAGAUAAAUAACCGAAUUAAAUUAGUUUUAUUCGCGUAAUUCUUCUGGACACAACUCGUGUAAUCCAUUUGAAAUAAGUCAUUCGCGAAGCCGUAUCGAAUAACCGGUCUUUUUUUUCCUUUCUCGUCCUUUGCUUCUGUCAGCGAACGAGUCCGGAUAUACGCUUGUUUUUCAUAACGGUCUGGAAGUAAACAAAACAGUCUGUUCGAUCGGUCAUUGGUAACAGAAAUAGUCCCGAUGAAAAUGGACGGAUAUUAACGGUACGAUUUUGCAUGUGUUUGCAUGUGCGUACAUAUUCGUACGUAUAUAUCAAGAGAAGAUAAAAGAGUCAGAAAAUCUUGGAUUGGUAUUUAAGAAAUUUUAUUUAAACAUCAUUUUUGUGAUAAAAAUCAAAUAAGAUUUUUCUAUAAAGAAAAAUUAAAAUAAGAUUAAGUGUUUUUUGAAAUUUCAUGAAAUGUGUCAUAUUGUUGCAUCCAUGAUGGCGAUAGGAUUUCGCAGGAUGUCAAAAAAUUGUUCAACGGGACUUGAUCUUAAAUAAGAUCGAUUUUGCAAUUCUAUGUUGCAUUAAAUUAACAUUCUGUUUAAGAUGAUUUAAAAAUUUAUGAAAUAUGAUGAAGAUAUAGAAAUUUCAAAUUUCGAAUAAUCAAAAAUGAUGAGAAAAUUUUUUUAAACAUUUAUCAGUAAUUUUUAUUUAAAAAUUUGAAUUUAUUAGCUAUUUUUAUGUAUAAAAAAUAGUCAUACAAAAGUGUCCAAUAUCAAAAAAUUUAUGUGAAUUGAAGAAUUUUUAAGAAACAAAUUAAUCUCGAGCGUUUUCGGCCAGAUAAAAUUUGAAUGAAUUGUGGAAGAUUAACUUAAAUUUUAUCAUACGCGAGACUAUUUAAAGUUGAUAUUGUGAAAUAUAAGAUGAUGAUACGUAGUGUGUGGUAAAUGUUUUGGCAAAUGAGACCAUCUUGGUGUUUUCGAGGAUCGAAAUUGCCAUUGUGACUUUUACAAGGAUUAGAAGAACAAGUGUCGCUGCGUCAUGAAUACACCGCAAGAGCCGAAGCAGUACCGUUCGCCGUAUGGGUGCCUGGGUUGACGAUCGUUUCGCGGCGGAGGAGGCGGUCCCGAUUAUCCAGGGCCCGAGGAGAAGGAAGGCGUCCCGCAUACUGGGCCACGUUUGCGAUGGUUGCGGCCCAGACGCGAUACACCGCCAGUGUCUCGCCACCAGCAACUUCGCCGAUUCGCGCGUAUCGUCCUUGUUGCCGUUGCGCCGCCAGUUCACUAGACAGCUCUACGAGUGGCCGGGUUUACCGUUGUUCAAAUCAAGGACGAAACUAGAUCAGUUUUGAACAAUCGAUGCGAUGAAUACUCGUUUCCCCGUGUUUUAUCGUUGAGUGCUUGCCCACGAGAAGGAGCGAGGCAACGAAAGAAACAGAGAAAAGGAUAAAGAGGAAGAUAGAAUAGAGGAGGAGAGAAGCGUCGAUCUCGAUCGGGUAGUGAGAGAGAGAAGGGGGGGAGAAGGGUGGAAGAAGGAAUUGGUUUCGAUGCGGUCGCGUUGGCCGGUGGAGGAGGACUGCGCUUGAACGGCGGGCUCCUCCCUUAUUCUUGGUCAUCUCAGGCAUCGUGAUGGCCGAGUGGGCCAAGUUCAACGGCGAGGAGAAGCUGACUCGGUCGUCGUCGAGGAAGAAGGCGGGGGGGAAGGAGGAGGGGGGCGCGGAGGCGCGGAGAAGCAGCGAGGGGGAGAGGGGAAGGUGUUCCUCGUCGAGCAGAAUUAGCCGGGAGGCGACGCCGGUCGAGGCGGCGGGGAAAGGCAGCGAGGACGGGUCCGAGUCGAGCUCGUCGCCGAGGCAGAGGAAGAAUUCGGACCGGGUCGGGAUACUGUCCGAGGAACGGUCCGAGUCUCGCAACGACCAAAGUUACUACGUGAACUCGAUCGUGAGCGAGAAGGACGAGGAAAUUCGUAAUUGCUUGGAGAGGAAGGCGUUGAACGCUGGUUACGAGGAGGCUGGCUCGAAGAUACGGGAGGAGGCGAGGCUCGAGUUGUCGAACGAAUCGUCCUCCCGCAACUCGGUGAAGAAGCCCGACAGUUUGUACAACAGGGACAAGAAUGUCGGGAGCCCGCCCAAGCGUAAGAGCGUUUUCGCGGAGAGGAACUCGAUCUUCGCCUCGCCGACCAAGAUCCUGUCCAAGAAUCAAUCCUCGUCCUCGUCCCAGAAGAGCACCGAGAAGCUGGUGAACGGUAAGCUGGGGCGGGAGGACAGGCAGCAGCAUCACGUGCAGUUCAACAAAGACUCGAAGAGGCAGCAGUCGAGGGACGCGCAGAGGCCCCAGUCGAGCCCCUCGAUCCCACCUUCGACGACCAACAGCUCGGACGACAACUCGAGCCUGGGCCAACUGUGCGAGGCCACGCCGCCCGACGGGGGUUGGGGUUGGGUGGUGGUCGCGGCCUCGUUCAUGGUCAACCUGAUAGCGGACGGCAUCACGUUCUCGUUCGGCGUCAUCUACGUCGAGUUCCUCAAUUAUUUCGGGGAGGGUAAAUCGAAGACGGCCUGGAUAGGGAGCCUGUUCAUGGCGAUGCCGCUGUUGUCGGGACCGGUUGCGAGUUUCCUCACGGACAGAUACGGUUGUCGGAGGGUGUCCAUUGCGGGCAGCAUCCUGGCCACGGCCGGUUUCGUCGUCAGCUCUUACGCGAACUCGAUGGAAGUGUUGAUAUUCACGUUCGGCGUCCUCGCCGGCUUCGGUUUGUCGCUGUGCUUCGUCGCGGCCGUGGUCAUAGUCGCCUAUUACUUCGACAAGAAGAGGUCGUUCGCCACCGGGCUGUCCGUAUGCGGAAGUGGUAUAGGAACGUUCAUAUUCGCGCCUGUGACUCAGUACCUGCUCGCCGAAUACGGUUGGCGGGGGACCACGCUGAUAUUGGCGGGCCUAUUCCUCAACCUGGCCGUGUGCGGCUGCCUGAUGAGGGAUCUGGAAUGGACGACGAUCAGGGCGAGGGCCAAGACCGAGGAGAGGCGGAAGAAUCGGGAGAGGAAGAGGGGCAGGAUACAGAGCUCGAGCGUGGACUCGUUCUCGGCUAACAGCUCGCUCAACACCCUCACGAUCAUGGAUAACCUUCGGAUUCAGGAGAAGGAGGAGGACGACGAGAAGCUGUUCUCGAGCCUGGUGAGCUUGCCCACGUUCGUGAAGAACAGCGAGAAGGUGCCGUUGGAGGUGUUGGAACUUCUGAGCACGCGUAAGAACGUGUACAACGUGUUGCUGCAAAAUUAUCCGAGCUUGCUCAUCUCCUCGAGAAGUUUCAGCGAUUCUGGGCCCCUCCACGACCAGCUGAGCACACCCUCCGCCCGAUUCGUGCCCACGCCCAGCUCCCUGUCCGAGUUGAAGAGCGAGGAGGCGAGGGACGAGGGGAAGGUGGUGGCCAACGACGAGCAAACUCUUCAACAGCAAACGGACGCCGCUUGGCGGCUCUGGUGGUCGAAGAAGAUCAAUCUGGACAGCUCGUUGAGGAGAUCCAGCACCUUCGACCACACGAAGAGAUUGCCCACCGCUUAUUUGAAGGAUAUCAGAGUGCACAGGCACAGCCUCACCUACAGAGGGGCUAUGCUGAACAUAAAUCGAUACAGACUCAGGGCGUCCAGUUGUCCGGAUAUUUAUAGGAACUCGAUGACCACCAUAGCCAAGACCAAGCUCGUGUGGUACGCGGGCCUGUGGGAAUUCUGGGACCUAGUCGUCGACAUGCUCGAUUUCUCGCAUUUCGCCGACUCCCGCUUCUUGCUAUUCGCGAUCAGCAAUUUCCUCCUUCACACGUGGUACGACGUCCCCUACGUCUAUUUGACGGACAACGCGAUCGAGAUGGGAUUCAGCGAAACCGAUGCCUCCAUCUUGAUAUCGGUUAUAGGAAUAUCCAAUAUGAGUGGUGAGAUUCUCCUUGGGUGGGCAGGUGACAAAGCGUGGGUAAAUGCAUCUAUCGUGUACGCAGUGUGCAUGGCCCUCUGUGGUGCAGUGACAGCUUUAAUACCUAUGGUAGUUGGUAAUUACUAUGCUUUGUGCGCGAUCUCAGGUGCUUUUGGAUUAUUCAUCGGGGCAAAUUAUAGUCUUACCAGCAUCAUCCUCGUCGAACUGAUCACGCUCGAAAGAUUUACAAACGCGUACGGCCUUUUGCUUUUGGUUCAAGGUGUUGCCAAUCUCAUGGGUCCUCCAUUGGCUGGUUGGCUCUAUGACAUCACAGGGACCUACGAUCUCUCCUUUUAUUUGGCCGGUUUCUUCAUUGCAUUGAGCGGAGUUCUGUUGCUGGCCAUGCCUUUGAUUAGCCUCUAUCGAAAAUGUUUGAACGGAUCGAGGAAGGAAGAGAUGGAUAAGGAUUUCGCGAGCAUGAACAGAGUUUGAAUAAACGGCGACUAGUAUUAAAGAUGAUUGUAAGACCCGAGGAAGCUAUGGUGAUCGAUAACGAUGUACAUCGAUGUAUUAUCAAUUCAA